AUGUGUCCCCCCUCCGAAUCGAAAACCGAGCUCUUUCUCCAGGAAGAGAAUGAAGCGGGAAAGAUCGUCCCUAUGGUGACUGUCGUCCGUCGGCACGGACGAUUGCAUUUGGUCCACCCUCCUUGGUACCGGAACAGUUUAUUGGCAAGCACGGGAUUCCUCGAGUUCGCCAAUGCCGGGGAUUUCGCUGCCAAUGUGUGGAAUGAGAUCCCCGUACCCCGACAUGCAAUGAUCCUGAUGGCCAUUGGAGGACCAAUCGCUUUGAUGAUGAGCAUUGUCGCCCUCCGCGACUUUACCCUUAGUUGGCAGAAUGUCAAACUGCUCCGCGCCGAACGCCGAUAUCUACAAUCGUUGAAACAUGAUUACUCCACAUCUGCCAACCCCGACCCGGAUUUGCUCCGGCUGAUCGACAGUCGCCUUGACCUUGGCUGGCGCGAAUUGGGCACAGAGCUUAUUGAUCGUGUCGCCAUGGACGUUUUCCUCGGUCUGGGCGCUCUCCUUGUCGGCACCGGUACGAUCAUGGCCAUUUGGGGAGCCCACCCCAAAGUCUUCGACGCCAGUAACCUCCUGUCGGGGUUCGUGGGAAACUCCUUCGCAGCAGCGUUCGGCGUCGUCAACGCGGUCUGGUCCGUCUACCUUGCCCGUCGAUUCCACCGCUACGACAGACUAUGUGCGCGCACCCCGGCUCUCUCACCGUUUCGCGACCGUUUACACCUGCGCUUCAGUAAAUUUAAGUGGCACGCCGUCGUUUCCGGGCUCACCGGACUCAUCGCCGGUGCUGCCUCCAUGGUCACAGCCAAAAUGUGGUGGGGAUACGUGGUGCUAGCGCCCUGUAUGGUGCUGCAGUUGUUAUGCAACCGGUUCUGGCGAACCCAGCUGGGCUACGACCGCCCGGUUAUCAGCGACUACGAUCAACGGGGCAUCCUAAUCCGCGAGACGCAAGAAAUCCGCGACGAAGAAAAAGAUGGACCACUACUGGAUAGUCUCGCCUCUACGGUCACCCUGUACAACGCACUCGGUGCCCUCCCCUCGCCGAGCGAGGCCCUUGACUGGACGAGUCUGGACUCGCUUGUCCAAUUCAUGAUCACGAAUGACCUCUUCGAUUCCCUCUGCGACUGGCUCGCACGCGAUAAAUCCGUUCCUUCCGACGUCCGCGACGCUGUCUUCCGCCACCCAUCUUCCUCUUCAGAGCACACGGAGAUAACAGUGUCUCCUGGCCACCUUCUCCGCGUUCCUAUCCUGAUGCAAACCCAAUUGCGCGAUCUUUGCCGUCAGUAUCUCCAAGGGGACGGGCGGAGGGUGCUGCUCUAUCGGGAGCGGUAUCUGUUAGAGAUGAUGGGGUCGAUGCUCUCCAGGGAGAGUCAAUAA